AUGUUAACAACUCUCCCAAAUGGCCUUACAACACUCAUUUUCAGUAAUUUUAACCAAGUAAUCCCAUCCGGCACAUUGCCAAAUAGUCUUACAACACUCACAUUCAGUCGUGAUUUUAACCAAGUAAUCCCACCCGGCUCAUUACCAAAUAGUCUCACAACACUCACAUUCGGUCAUUUUUUUAACCAAGUAAUCCCACCCGACACAUUACCAAAUAGUCUCACAACACUCACAUUCGGUACUCUUUUUAACCAAAUAGUUCCACCCGGCACAUUACCAAAUAGUCUCACAACACUCACAUUCGGUAAUCUUUUUAACCAAGUAAUUCCACCCGGCUCAUUACCAAAUAGUCUCACAAAACUCACAUUCGGUUAUAUGUUUGACCAAGUAAUCCCACCCGGCUCAUUACCAAAUAGUCUCACAACACUCAUAUUCGGUAAUCUUUUUAACCAAGUAGUUCCACCCGGCUCAUUACCAAAUAGUCUCACAACACUCACAUUCGGUUAUAGUUUUAACCAAGUAAUCCCACCCGGCUCGUUACCAAAUAGUCUCACAACACUCACAUUCCUUUAUUAUUUUAACCAAAUAGUUCUACCCGGCACAUUACCAAAUAGUCUCACAACACUCUCAUUCGGUUAUGAAUUUAACCAAAUAGUUCUACCCGGCACAUUACCAAAUAGUCUAACAAAACUCACAUUCGGUCGUUAUUUUAACCAUGUAGUUCCACUCGGUACAUUACCAAAUAGUCUCACAACACUCGCAUUCGGUGAUAAUUUUAACCAAGUAAUUCCACCGGGCACAUUACCAAAUAGUCUCACAACACUCACAUUCGGUGAUAAUUUUAACCAAGUAAUUCCACUCGGUACAUUACCAAAUAGUCUCACAACACUUACAUUCGGUAAAAGUUUUGACCAAGAGAUUCCACCCGGCACAUUACCAAAUAGCCUCAAAACACUCACAUUCAAAACUAAAUCUAAACACGUAUUUCCACCCGGUUCAUUACCAAAUAGUAAUACCAAUGUUGUAUAUGAAUUAGUAUAA